AGCAGCUUGCUACCAGUCUCUUCAAUCUUUUGAUGUUGCAACAGUGCAAUUGCUAAAUCUCAGGGGAAGGAAUUGAACCGUGAGUAUGGCUUGUUUAAUAUUUUUGCAUGUCACCUUUCUCUAUGUCGUUAAUGAAUAGCUGUGUUUCUAGUUCCUGGGCCAAAUUAUAAUGAAUUUAUAAUGAACGCUGGAGGUUAAAGGUUAAUGCAAAAGAGACUCAACCAGCUCGAUAGGUAUUUAACGCUCGAAAAACACAUUGUCGUUUGGAUACAGCAGAUCUUGCAGAAUUUCGAUCAGAACUUGGUGCUUGGAGUAGAGGCUGUGAAAUCAGUGAUAAAGAAGAUGUGGAUUGCUCUCUUCCUGUUGUGUGUUUGUCAAUGCUCUGCGGAUCAGUUCAGACUUCGAGCAGAGGCAUUAAUGAAAGCAACUCCUCUUAUAGAUGGACACAAUGACUUCCCUUACCAACUUCUACUGCGUUACCACAACCAACUAGGCAAAGUGGAUCUGAAUAAUGUGAAUGAAACCCACACUAACAUCAAUAAGCUGAAAGCUGGGCUUGUGGGAGCACAGUUUUGGGUCGCAUAUGCACCGUGUAGCGCCCAGUAUAAGGAUGCUGUGAGACUAACGCUGGAGCAAAUUGACGUCAUACAAAGAAUGGAUUCGCUGUAUUCUCAAACUUUCCGUAGUGCACGUACAAGCAAUAGCAUUACCACAGCUUUCCAGGGUAAGCAAGUGGCCAGUUUAAUUGGUGUCGAGGGUGGACACUCUAUAGACAGCAGCAUGGCUACACUACGCCUCUUCUACAAAAUGGGAGUUCGUUACAUGACCAUCACGCAUAGCUGUAACACACCAUGGGCUGAUAAUUGGCGCGUGGAUGCUGGGGAAGAUAAAGCUCAAAGUAAUGGCCUAUCUCAGUUUGGAAAGAAAGUUAUUUUAGAAAUGAAUCGACUAGGAAUGAUUAUUGACUUAGCACACACUUCUGUCAAGACGAUGAAUGAUGUAUUGGACAUUUCAAAGGCUCCUGUCAUGUUUAGCCACUCAAGUGCCUACACCCUGUGUAACCAUAAUCGCAAUGUACCAGAUGCCAUUCUGAAAAAAGUGCGUCAGAAGAAUGGUAUUGUGAUGGUGAACUUCUUCAACGGCUUUGUUACAUGCAAGGUUAAUGCUACACUCUCAGAUGUGGCGGAUCAUUUUGACUACAUAAAAAAAGUUGCUGGUUAUCAGUCUGUGGGAUUUGGUGGAGAUUAUGAUGGCGUUCCCAGAGUUCCUACAGGUUUGGAAGAUGUGUCCUUCUAUCCUGAUUUAGUAGCUGAACUACUGCGGAGAAAGUGGACUGACAUAGAAGUAAAAGCAGCCCUUGGAGAAAACUUUCUCAGAGUCUUUCAGGGAGUAGAAAAGGUUAGAAACUUCAAUCCAGGAGAUGAUGAGCCCAUUCCAUAUGAGCAGGUUAAGAAUUCGUGCAGGACGAGCUUUGGUUAUGAGGAUCAAGCUGAUACUAACAAUGGAAAUCCACUGGUUUUCAUGCCUGCAGUGGUCACAUCUGUUUACCUAGCACACCAUUUAUUAGUGUAAGAGAUAAUGGGGCAGCAGCCCCAGAAAAUAUCACUCAUUCUCAAAAGGCAACUUGAAUAAAAGGAAAAAUGGAGCAGUAUAAUGUCUACAGGGUUUCUUCUGAUCUUUCAGCACAACCGACAACAAUGUUGUGGAUCGAGGCAUUAGUGGCUAUUUAUGUCCUUUUCACAGAAUUCCUAGGUUUAAACUAUCUGCCCAUGAACACACAGAUAGAGGUUUGGAGAAUUGGAGAGUCAUACAGCACGAACAUAGGCUGUUUGUCCAACGCGUCCAUGCCCAUCAAGCUGCCCCAUUUAAGCUGCACCCAUUUUCUCACACCUCGCUCAUUUCCCUCCAAACUUCUCCUUAUUGUUUAGUUUAGUUUAGAGAUACAGCGUGGAAACAGGCCCUUCGGCCCACCGAGUCUGCACUGACCAGAGAUCCGCGAACAUUUGUGCUAUCACAGUAGGGACAAUUUACAAUUAUACCAAGCCAAUUAACCUACAAACCUGUAGCCACUGGGAAUCUGGGAGGAAACCGGAGCACUCAGAGCACCCACUCAUUCCUUCUCUCCAGAGAUGCUGCCUCUCCUGCUGAGUUACUCCAGCAUUUUGUGUCUCCCUUUGAAGCAGGAUUAUUUCACGACAGAAUCAUGAAAAUAUAGAAGAUACAAAUAGACCAUUCAACUCAAUAAUUAUUGUUAAUAUCCUUCCACUCAUCUUUCCUCCAACUAUCAAUCUGAUCAAGUCUCAAAAGUUAGCUUGGACGCCUCAUUGAUCACUAACUCCAGUAAUUGGAAGGGGUUUUGUAAAAUACUGCCUCUUCUCUGUUCUUUAACCUUAUAUCUCUGUGUCCCCAUUGUAGAUCUCUCAUUACCAUAAGUCAUGUCAAGUCAAGUUUAUUUGUCACAUACACAUACGAGAUGUGCAGUGAAAUGAAAGUGGCAAUGCUUGCGGACUUUUGUGCAAAAGACAAACAACAAAACAACCAAACAAAUUAUAAACACAAUCAUAACACACAUAUGAUUGUGUUCUGUUUCUAUCUACUAUCUUAAAUCCUUUCAUUAUAUCUUCACUUUACUUGGGGUACAAAAAGAAGGCAUAUGUUUCAUGCCA